AUGUAUCGCCAGUUGGUGUUCGUCGUCGAUCCAUUCGGUGUAUGCAAGUGGUUAAAAAAAGUCACUUCUAGUGCUGUUGCAGGAUUAACACUCCGGUCGGUGCUACUCGCCUUUCAGGAUGUGGAUCGCGUGAUCCCCACUGCGCCUGGUUGGAGACACUACAAGAUAUGGCUGCCAACCGAUAUCGGUGGCGUUUCUCCUGUUAAUUUCUACCCAGAUUACUUGAGUGAGUGCUGA